UUUCUUCCCUUUAACAAAUUAAUACUGAUGAUGAUCACGAUAAAAUCCUUCCUUUUUAUAUGUAUUAUUCUUGGAUGGCUUUCAUUACACUGUGUUUGUGAUGAUACACCAUCAAUGAAAGAUCAAAAUGGUGGAGAUGAUGAUAGUAAAAGUGUGACUACAGUGGAUGAAAAAACAGGUGCAGUUGUGAAUGUAGAAUGUAAUGGACUAUCUACUACUGAAUUUCCUGAUGCCACUUAUCUCUAUAAGACUGUCCUUGCCAAAGAUGGUACAGUGGAAUUAAAUAAAAAUGGUUACUUUGUUGUGGAAUACAAGACAGCUGCAGUGGUGACAAAACCAAAAGAAAAUCAAAAGACAACGACUCAUAGUAAAUUGUUGAUUGGUAUCCAGAAGAUCAUGAGCAACUGUAAACCUGAUGAUGGAAAGAUAUCUGGAUUCUAUACCCCUGAAGAUAAAAAUGAUUACAGAAUAUGUUUAACUGGUAGCGAGGAGACAGAUGAUUGUUAA